CACGAAACACUGAAAUAGCAGAUUGGAGGAAGUCUAGGCGGUCUCUUUGCAGGCGUGGCAUUGAAAAGUCAUGGCUACAACACUACCAUCCUUGAGAGAACACCACAAUACCUUCUGGAUAACCAAGGCGCUGGAAUAGUGGCUGGAGGCGACACAAUCGAAUUUUUCAAGCGUUAUGACCGCACCGGCAAGCCUGUUGCUGUUCCUUCAUUCAAACGAAUUUACCUCAACCAGCAGGGAGAAAUCAUUUACGAAAAUGAACAGCGCCAGAACAUGACGAGUUGGGACCUCGCAUACUACCUACUUCGGGCGAACUACGAUCGUGUUGACUCGGAUUACCUCAAAGGUCACCAUUUGUCCGAGGUGCGCGAUACAGAUGGCAAGAUCAAUUAUCGCUACGGCUGUACAGUGACCGGUGUUCAAGACGAAGGCGAGCAUGUACGGGUGAGACUCACGAGAAGAAAUGAAGAUGGCACCGAGGCCGAAGAGGAACUCACCACCAAAUUCGUUAUUGCCGCCGACGGACCCAGCUCUACCGUAAGAAAGAUGCUCUAUCCUGACAUUGAAAGGAAGUAUACUGGAUAUGUCGUGGUUCGAGGCACCCUUCCCGAGACAGAAGCCUCCCAGGCGGCGCUAGAUGUCUUUCGGGAGCGCUUCUGCUUUUAUCACACGGAAGGUAUACAGAACUUGACAUAUACCAUUGCGGGCGAGAACGGCAACACAGAGCCAGGACAUCGCCUUUUGAACUUCGUGUGGUACACCAACUUUCCCGAGGGCGGGCCGGAACUUGAAAAGGUUCUGACAGACAAGGACGGUCGACGGCGACACAUCACAAUACCUCCCGGGAUGAUCGACGAAAAAGCCUGGGAGAUGAUCAAGUCAAGAGCUCGCGAUCGUCUUCCACCUCAAAUGGCAGAGAUGGCGGAAAAGUCCAAAGCACCAUUCGUGCAAUGCAUCACAGAUGUAGCCUCUCCGAAGCCCCUGCACAUGGGAGACAAGGUGUGCUUUGUAGGAGAUGCAUUGUUUGGCUUCCGACCUCACACAGUGGCGUCGACUUCCCAAGCCGCCUUCAAUGUAAUGACGUUGGUCGACUGGCUAGACGGCAAGAUUGAUCGGAAGCAAUUUGUACAACGGGUCAUGGAAUAUGGCCGACUGAUCCAAAGUCGUGGUAUUCAGAUCGGCGACAGGUCACAAUUUGAGACGCUUCCGGUUGAGGAGUACAUCAAAGAUCGCAACAUGAUGAGCACGCCGCGUAAGGACUUGGAUUUCCCAGAGUGGACGAGAGAAGGCAUUGAGACAAUGUAGCCCCGCUAUACAGCUGUUCAACAAUUGGAGCUUCUCACCGCAAUACAACAUCUCAGCUUCGCCUUCCACGCAGACAGUCUUCCGCCGGGCAGCAAAGUCGAAACCGUGACCAACAC